CUUCGCUGCGUUGAAACGCGCUCUCUCCAAACCAAAAUACGCAAAUAACAGUGCAACACGCAUCUUCGUCUCCUUCGCCACCACCUUCAAUAUUAUAUUUCAUUCAUCAGGAAUUAUUAAUCGAUCGAUGUAACAUAACAGAAGAACAAUGGAAUCAGAGAAAACAACCCUUAUGAUCCUUGGAUCAUACACAAAACCAUCAUGUUCAAUCUUGUUUCUCUUCUUCACCUUCCUCACCAUCCUCUCUCUUCAAUUCUCCACCCGCUCUCUCUUCCCUCUCUCCAUCCUCCUCUCCCAACAACCACAACCCUCCCUCGUCGAUCCCACCACCUGCUCCGGUUUCUUCAACAACGUUCCUCCCAGAAAAAUUAUCAAGUCGAUCGUUGAUUUCGGCGGAGUUGGCGAUGGUAAAACCUCUAACACACAAUCGUUUCAGAGAGCGAUUCGUUACAUGCAACGUUUUCGAGGGAAAGGUGGGUCCCAACUUAAUAUUCCCAAUGGAACUUGGCUUACCGGUAGUUUUAAUCUCACCAGUGAUUUCACACUUUUUCUUCAUCAUGGUGCUGUUGUUUUAGGUUCUCAGGACAUUAAAGAAUGGCCUAUUAUUGAACCAUUACCAUCUUAUGGUAGGGGAAGAGAGAGGUUAGGAGGAAGACAUAUUAGCCUUAUUCAUGCAAAUGGGGUCCGUAAUGUUGUCAUUACAGGAGAAAAUGGGACAGUGGAUGGUCAAGGGAGGAUGUGGUGGGAGCUUUGGUGGAAUAGAACAUUGGUGCACACAAGAGGCCACCUCCUUGAACUCAUGAACUCAGAAAAUGUUCUUGUUUCAAACCUCACUUUUAGAAAUUCUCCUUUUUGGACUAUCCAUCCUGUUUAUUGCAGUAAUGUUGUGAUCAAAGGGAUGACAAUCUUGGCUCCUCUUAAUGCCCCAAAUACUGAUGGCAUAGACCCAGACUCGAGUACCAACGUGUGUAUUGAAGAUAACUACAUAGAAAGUGGGGACGAUCUUGUAGCCAUCAAAAGUGGUUGGGAUCAAUAUGGAAUCGCCGUGGCUAAGCCUAGCACAAAUAUCAUAGUAAGUAGAGUUUCAGGAACUACCCCAACUUGCUCUGGAGUAGGAAUAGGAAGUGAGAUGUCUGGUGGAAUUUCAAAUAUUACAAUCGAAAAUUUGCACGUGUGGAAUUCUGCAGCCGGUGUUCGCAUAAAAUCUGAUAAUGGUAGAGGCGGGUAUAUAAAAAAUGUGAGUAUAAGCAAUAUAAGAAUGGAGAGAGUGAAGAUACCAAUUAGGUUCAGUAGAGGUUCAAAUGAUCAUCCUGAUGAUGGGUGGGAUCCAAAAGCUGUUCCUAGAUUUAAAGAUAUUUUAAUCAGCAAUGUGAUCAGUGUAAAUUCAACCAAAGCUCCAGUUUUGGAAGGUGUAAAGGGUUCGUCAUUCGAAGGCUUGUGCUUCAAGAAUAUUACUUUUCUUGGUGUAGCCUUAUCUGCAACAUGGCAUUGUGAAUAUGUAGCUGGUUUCACCAAUGGGGUGUUCCCCCUUCCGUGUCCUGAGUUGCAGAACAAUGGCACUUCAUCCUGGUGUUGACCUUGCUGAUUUACUGUGUGUGGAUUGUGGAUGGUUCGAAAUUCCAGAUAUGGUGAAAACAAUAUCAGCUGGCUCAUAUUGUUGCUUGAUUAAGCAGUUUUCGAGUCCUGCUCAAGCAGAUGAUUUUGCUACACGUGAAAUAUGAGCUGCAAUAAUGGAUUGGGCUCGUGAAGCCUGAAUUUAUCUGACACUGACACGAGAUCUUCCCUCCUGCCUCUGGUGACAUGGACAAACAAUCUGUUCGGUUUCAGAUUUGCGUUUGGAACAUGUAGUAUUACCAUUUGGAAUUGAUUGAUUUCAGGUCAUUCUCCCUCUCACCCUGGUUGGUGGCUAUAUAAAGUGGAGUUGCACCUUAGUUUUAGAGGUGUAACCAAUGAUUCUUGUGGUUUCCAUAACUAGAUAAUUUUCUUGAACACUAAUGUUGGUUGUAUAGAAAGUUUAUUCAUUGGGAGAGAACCCAAAAUUUGAAUACAGGAGAGACAAUUUUGAAUCAGAUUUAAUUUCUGUUUACUCCUUGA